CAGUGUGUCCGAGAUGGCGAGUGUGCUGUCGAGGCGGCUGGGGAAGCGGUCCCUGCUGGGUGCCCGCAUUUCUGCCCCCCCUCUGCUGGGGGAUGGGGUCCUUGUGACAACGCAAGUCUCAUCCUUGCACCCGGAGCUGAGCAAGAUGUCUUCUCCCCUUGCUUCGUACGAGGACACCCACUUAAAGGAGCAGGCUGAAGAGUCCACCAAUCAGAACCAAAACUGGCUGGCGCUGCAACCGGGACAAAAGGUUUACGUCUUCUACAACGGGCAAGAAAAUGCUGGUCUAGUGGACCACUAUGACCGCAUGAGCAAUGAAGUGAAGGUGUUGCUCCUGGAGCAGGGAUUUCACGUCUGCAGGAAAGCCAAGGAAGUGCGGCUAGCUGAGGUCCAGAUACCACCUCUCCCAACCCUUGAGAUGGACCAGGGAGCUGCCACAACGAUGGGCUACAGCACCGUCCCUGUAGCGAUGGAAGAGUGUCUGACCGCGGCACCUGUUGCCACAGCGUCUGCUCCACGAUCAGUUUCUAGGAAUAUUGAUGUACCAAAAAGGAAAUCGGAUGCCGCGGUGGACAUGGACGAGAUGAUGGCAGCAAUGGUCUUGACCAGCUUAUCCUGCAGUCCAGUGGUCCAGAGCCCCCCUAACAGUGACACCAGCAUCCCUGCAUCUCAAGCUGCAUGUGAUGUGUGGAAGGAGAGCGGCGAUAUGUCAGACGGUGGCAGUAGUACCACCAGCGGGCACUGGAGUGGUGGCAGCGGCAUCUCCACCCCUUCACCCCCCCACUCUGAGGCCAGCCCCAAGUAUGCAAGCGAGGCCUUCAGUUCCCCUCGGGCUGAUGAUGGCUUUGAGACAGACUCGGAUCCUUUUGUCUUCGAGGAGCCUGCUCCGAGGAAAAGAAAGAAUUCAGUGAAGGUGAUGUACAAGUGUUUGUGGCCCAGCUGUGGCAAAGUCCUUCGCUCCAUUGUUGGAAUCAAGAGACAUGUGAAGACUCAGCACUUGGGAGAUGGCGCCAACUCUGACCAGAGGAAGAGGGAAGAAGACUUCUACUACACUGAAAUGCAAGUGAAGGAGGAGGCGCCACCCGAGCCCACAGGGACCGUGGCCAACCCCCCUUCAGACUCCUCCCCCAUCAUCAUCCAGCAGGCUCCAUCCCAGCCCGAGGCCCUUGUUCUGGAUCAGGCCACCCCUUUGGAGCCUCCCUUGCCCAGCAGUGCCCUCAGCCAGUCUGCCCCCAGUUCUUUUUGGCAUAUCCAGGCCGACCAUGCAUACCAAGCUUUGCCAUCCAUUCAGAUCCCAGUCUCCCCACACAUAUUCACCAGUAUCAGCUGGGCGGCAGCCACAUCCACCAUUCCUACGUUGUCGCCGGUUCGAAGCCGGUCCCUGAGUUUCAGUGAGCAGCAGCAGCCACAGCCCCAGCAGCCGCCGCCGCCCAUUCUGAAAUCCCACCUGAUUGUUGCGUCUCCUCCUCGGGCACCCAGUGGCACCAGGAAAGUCCGUGGUGAAGCCAAGAAGUGCCGCAAGGUUUAUGGCAUCGAGCACCGGGAUCAGUGGUGCACAGCCUGUCGGUGGAAAAAGGCCUGCCAACGAUUUCUGGACUGAGAGCACAC